UGUUGUUAUAAAAAACGAUCAAAAUUUCGAGUACCUAAUUUAAUCGACUCAUCGGCAACUUCAUCUACCAAUGCGUGUAGAAUUUUUAAAUAGUCUUCAACGUUGAAAUAGAACAAAAAUUUAAAACACCGUAAUUAAAUGUUUGGAAAAGUUUAAGUUCUUAAAAAUGAAGUUAAUAUGUUUGUACAUUCUCUCUUUGUUUGCGCUGGCAACCUCUCAAAUUAAUACGGGUUGUCCUAAGUUACCCGUGGAACCUUGUUUUUGUAAUCCUAAUCCGCGUCCUUAUUUGGGCUGUGACAAUGUGGAUGAUACAGAAGCUUUACGAAGAGUUUUCCUAAACUCAAAAGGGAUAUCGUAUAAUCAGGUUCGCUUUGCGAAUUCAGUUUUGCAAUACCUACCCAGUAAUCUGUUUAAAAAUACCAAAGUUCUCGAGUUAGAGUUUUAUAAUUCAACAUUUGUUCAGCUUUUUGAUGAAACGCCGGAAGAAACUGAAAGUUUAAGAACUAUUCAUAUUGAAAAGACAUACAUUUUCAGAGGAAUACUUUGGGAGCAUCUGACGCCGAUGACUAAUCUUCGAAUAUUAAACGUCUACUCAAACCAGAUUGAUAUCAUUGGAGACGAUUUUGCCACAUAUGUUCCAAAAACUUUGCAACAACUCUCUUUUUAUGAGACCAAAACAACUGACAUCAAACCAGGUGUUCUGGCAAAUUUCCCAUAUUUGGACAAAGUUGCUGUUGAUCAUUGUGAAUUGCAAGAGCUCCGCAGGAACAUGUUUCCCGUGCCAUUUAAAGGACGAGUGUUAUAUUUUAACGAGAACAUGUUGAGAACACUUCCUGACGAUCUCUUUACUGACAUGCCUAAUCUGCAAACAGUUGGUCUACGAGGAAACAGCAUCUCAACUCUGCCUCCCUUCAUGUUUGUAACACGAUUUCCAAAGUUACAAUAUUUUAUUCUAGACGGUAAUCCUUUAUACUGUGAUCAUAAACUGAAAUGGCUCAUCAUCAACAAGCCAGUUGUUCUAAAAGGAUCGUGUUUUAAACCAGCAGAUCUGCAUGGAUCACAAUUAGCAGAGCUCGAUCCAGAUAAAUUAAUGAAUUAUGAUUGAAGUUAUAUCAAAUAAGAUUUUGUAGAAUGUAACAAGUUUAAUAAAUUAUUAAUGUUGUUGUUGUCA